UUACAACUUUUACCUACAUUACCCAGUUUCUUCCCUCAUGUCGUUUCUGAACCAAGCAGGAGCAGCGGAAUGCGGCCCUGUUAACCCAAUGUCCGGGUUACUCAAACAGUUUCAGCGGGACAGGUCAUUGCAACAGGACCGUUUUAUGGGUGCACAACAAGGCGAGAGUUCAAAGGCAGGAUUUCGGUCCCGGCCCAUGCAAACUUCGUUUAACGAUAGACAGGUAUGGAAGUUGAGCGAAGAAUUUCUGCAAGAGAAUGUGGCUAUGGAGCGGCCUGCUGGCGUUUUUGAUUUCCAUGGCCUGAGCGGAGAACUGAAAAGGAUUGAAGGCGAUCCGCAGCUACAACACGGUGGAAUGACAGGAGGUGACUGGGCAGCGGAUUUCAUGCAACAACAACCGAUGCUUCAAGGUCCCCCACCCGAGCAAUUUGAAGAAUUCGAGAAAAUAUAUCAGCAAAAUCAUCAUGCUCAAGCACAUAAUUGGCAUGAAGAUUUCGCGGCAUUUCAAGCCAAUCACCCGGAGCAGAUCGCAAUGUCUGAUAAUGAAAAGGCUGCAUUUGAACGAGCAUUUGACGAAGCAAAGCAAGGCGCACAGGUUGAUUGGGAAUCCGAAUUUGCCGCACAGGAAAUGUCGUGGGCCGACGAGUUUGCGCAACAAGAAGGUAUUACUGACAACGACGCCAAUCAGGAUGCGUUAGCCCGAACCGCCGCUAUGCUCUUGGAAUCGGUGGAUGUGGAAUCCAAUCCAAAGUUCAAGAAUUCUCAGUUCAUGAACCUUAUGAGGAAGUUGCGAGAUAGCGAAGUGUCUAUCCAAGGGGACAAAAUGGUGGAAACCAAAGGAAAACAAUCGGGCUGGGCAACGGAAUUUGAACAACAGCAAGGGAACAAAACCGAUUCGCAAUCAUGGACCAAUGACUUCUUACAACAUGCUGGCAAUGUAACGAGUGGAAAUAUGUGGUCGAAUGAAUUCGCGCAAAAGGCAGAGCGUGGCUGGGCGGAUGAAUUCCAAACCACAGCUGGUCCUUCUUCAGCCGUGCAGAACGAUUGGGCCGCCGAAUUUAGUAAGCAAAGCAAUAUGAGUCAAACCGAGAUGCAUAAGCUAUACGGUCGAGGCACCGACACCGACGACUGGGUUCAGCAAUACCAACGCAACAUUGCUCAUCUUAAAACAGCUCAAGAUGCAGAAUGGGAUUCCAUGCAAAAAGAUUGGGAUCGUUAUCGGCCAGAACAAGGACUCGGAUACCGAGCCGAUAAACCCCAAUAUCACAACUAUACCUUUGUCACCAACAACCCCUACCUAAUGAAUCCCGCUGCCAUCGACAACGUUGAGCAUGCCAGUUUAGCCGACUCCAUUUUGGCACUGGAAGCAAAGGCGCAGCUCCAGGUGUCAAAUGCCGACGCAUGGAAAGAACUCGGUCUGAAGCAGCAAGAGAACGAACGUGACGUUGCCGCCAUUGCCGCUUUGCGAAGAGCCGUUAGCAUGAGCCCCUCUUCCCUCGACGCUUGGCUCGCCCUUGCUGUCAGUUUCACCAACGAAAACUGUAGAGCUGACGCGUAUGAUGCCUUGGAACAAUGGAUGGUCAACAAUGAAAAAUACCAGCACUUGGUGCGACAAGAUGCCAAACGAUUGGAUCCCGCCGUUAGACACAGCUACAUAACCAACAUGUUCCUAGAAGCAGCGAGAACAGCGCCCGGGGAAGAAAUGGACGCCAACGUACAAGUUGGUUUGGGCAUCCUCUUUAAUGUAUCUGAGGAAUAUGAUAAGGCCAUUGAUUGCUUCAAAGCUGCGCUCGCAAGUCGACCUCAGGAUUAUGUGUUAUGGAACAAACUGGGUGCCACAUUAGCCAACUCCCGGGAUACCGCUGGUGCUAUUGACGCCUAUUUCCACGCACUCGAAAUUAGUCCUUCAUACGUCCGUGCGCGAUAUAAUCUCGCCAUCAGUUGUAUCAAUCUUGGGCAACGACGUGAAGCAGCUGAGCAUUUGCUUACUGCUCUUGCGCUUCAGCAGGCUGGAGACGCUGCUUCCGGUAUGUCCGCCAUGGUCGAUGAACACGGUCAAACUGUCCAAGUUCCAGGAGGCAUGAGCGACAAUGUUUGGGAUAGUCUGCGAAUGUUGAUGUUCAUGAUGAACCGUGAGGACUUGGUGACAGCCUGUGACCGACGAAAUAUUGAUGCAUUUCGCCACGAAUUCGAUUUUUAGAUAUCAUGUUCUUGAUUGCACAAGCGAUAAGAGUAAUCCUCAUUCCCAAUUUUCUUGUCGAAGAUCAUCAACAGCACCUUGGUGCGUUUUUCCCCGCAACGAAUUGAUUUAAUAUACAAAUUGUCAUGAUAAAGAGAAAAU